AUGGCUACAAUUACUUCAUUAGAUAUUAAUGAUGCAUCGAUGAUAAAUUAUGGCAAACCAAAUGGUCUUCACUGGAUUACUGCUGCAUUAUUCCUGAUCGCUGAUAUGGCUGGUGCCGGUAUUGUUGCAUUUCCGGUUGCAAUGACUCGAUCCGGUACUUUUGGUGGUAUAAUUAUUUUGGUACUGUUAGCAAUUACAUUUUGUUAUACAGCAUGCAUACUAUCAAAAAAUUGGAUUAUUAUGUGCGAACGAUGGACUGUUUAUGCUAAACACUGCCGGAAACCGUAUCCGGAAAUGGCAUACCGUGCAAUGGGCACCAGUGCAAGAUCUAUUUGCUCGUUUAUUCUCAACACUGUCCUCUUUGGUGUCGCCGUUGUCUUUUGUUUACUAGCAGCUUAUAUCAUUAAUGAUUUUAUCAUUUCCAUUACUAAUUAUGAUAUUGGAUUUUGCUAUGUUUUGUUAUUUGUUACAGUAGCUAUUUAUCCGGUAACAUUGUUACGAUCACCACAAGAUUUUUGGUGGGCGGUUGUAUUAGCUAUGCUAACAACACUGUUUUCCGUAUUCCUCAUCCUUUUUGGUUCAUGGUUGGAUUACGGAAAAUGUAGCACUGACCAGAAAAAACCAGUCAUCCGGUUUAAUGACAUCGUUGCAUCUUUGGGAACAUUUAUGUUUGGCUUUGGUGGACACAUUGUAUUUCCAAGUGUGCAGCACGACAUGAAAUAUCCAAAACAUUUUAUUCGUUCUGCAAUUUUAGCUUUUGUCGCAGUAGCAGUGCUGUACUUACCCGUGUCCAUACUCGGUUACGUGACGUACGGGAAUUCACUUCAUGACUCCGUUAUCAAUUCUAUACAGGUACCACGUAAUUCAAAUUAA